AUGAAAGUGCUACACAAUGUUUAUUCAUCAGCACAAGUGAAAUACCAAUAUGUUGAUGAUUUUCAAUUAUAUAUCUCCACUAUUUCCAUGACAAGUAAUGCCAUCAUUAUGCUUGCCCAAUCCCUGGAGGCUAUGAAGUUUGAGACUCAAUUUGUAGAGUAUUUUAUGGAGAAAGAUAACGGAAUCCUGAACUGCAUUAUUAGAACAGCUCUGCCAAAUAUGAACAGGGAAAACAGAGAGCAAUAUCAGGUUGUUAUCCAGGCAAAGGAUAUGGGGGGCCAGAUGGGCGGAUUAUCAGGAACCACGAUAGUGAACAUUACCCUGACUGAUGUCAACGACAAUCCACCUCGAUUCCCACAGAUUUGUAAAAUCAAGCAGCAGGAGGAAGGAUUCAAGAAGGUAUUUGCAGAUCCAUUUCCAAUAUUUCUCAAAAACAGUCAUGGGUUGGUGCAUAAGCCUCUUGGUUUUGGCACAGGAAAUGGCACUCUGUGUCUUUAUCAAAAUCCUUUUAUAAGUGUGAUUGCAUUCUUCUCUCUUGAAAUAGAAGCAAGGAUGAGUAGUUUCCUUGGAGUUUCACCAGGGGAUUAUGGUGGUUCCAUUGACUGUGUGGGCUUCCAGAGCUUUUUAGCUCCUGGAGGCAAAGUGCAAAUAAAGAAUAAUAAUGAUUCAAAGCCAUUGGAUUAUGAGAAUCGAAGGCUAUAUACUUUGAAAGUAGAGGCAGAAAAUCUGUAUGUUGACCCACGCUUUUAUUACCUCGGACCUUUUAAAGAUACAACCACCGUGAAAAUAUCUGUGGAAGAUGUGGAUGAGCCUCCUAUAUUUAGCAGAUCUUCGUAUCUUUUUGAAAUACAUGAAGAUAUUGAGGUGGGCACCAUCAUAGGCACAGUCAUGGCACGAGAUCCAGAUUCUGCUGCAGGCCCAAUAAGGUUUUCCUUGGAUCGCCACACUGAUCUUGAUAGAAUUUUCAACAUACAUUCAGGAAAUGGAUCUAUCUAUACUUCUAAGAUGCUUGACCGAGAAAUAUCACAGUGGCACAACCUUAGUGUAAUAGCAGCAGAAAUCAACAAUCCCAAAGAGACAACCCGUGUUUCAGUGUAUGUACGCAUAUUGGAUGUGAACGACAAUGCACCACAAUUUGCUGUAUUUUAUGACACUUUUGUGUGUGAAAAUGCAAGAGCUGGACAAGUAAGUCAAUUAUGCACAUGCAUUGAACUCUCUAGUUUUGUUUUAGGAACAGGAAAAAUAAAAGAUUUCAUCUAACAAUAA